GCGAGCUAAAGAGACUUAAACUGCAUGGGUACUCGCCAGAAAAGUUUUCUUCGCCACUGGCCGUCCUGAAGUUAGGCUCACUUGCCGGCUCCGAGGGCUGUGCGCUCGCUGUUUUCAAGCUGUGAGAGUGCUCUCUGUGCGUUGACACCGAUAUAAGCAGGCUUGAUACAGCUACGAAAACAGAGAGCCCACAUAAGAGCAUAACGGCCAAGAUGACAUUCACUUUAAACCCCGUCACCUUAUCCAACCGGAUAGUUCGGAUGGGAGAUCCCCGAACGCGCGACUAUCCAUUGGUCACCAACCCUCUCUUCGUCUUCCCGCUGGUCGCCUUCUAUCUGUACUUUGUGAAGGUGGCGGGUCCACGCUGGAUGAAGGACAGAAAGCCAUUCGACGUCGUCAACCUCGUCCGCGCCUACAACCUAUUCAUGGUGGUCAUGUCGGUCAGGUUUCUCUACCUUAUGCUACCGUUCACGUACCUGCCCGGCGGCCACUACAACUUCUGGUGUCAGGGCAUCACCGGCUACAUGAACGAUGAGAUGAGGGCCUACUACAGGCAGGGCUGGAUCUUCACGGCCGUCCGCUACGCCGACCUGCUCGACACGGUGUUCUUCGUCUUGCGCAAGAAGUUCACCCACAUAUCGCACCUCCACGUGAUCCACCACACGCUAGUCACCGUCAACGUCUGGUUCUACACGCUCUUCGCGCCGGAGGGUCAGCCGGCGCUGGGCCUGGCCCUGAACGUGGCCGUUCACGUGGUCAUGUAUUCGUACUACUUCCUCACCACCUUCGGGCCGAAGGUCCGCAAGUAUCUCUGGUGGAAGAAAUACCUCACGGCUGUGCAGAUAGUUCAGUUUGUCAUCAUGAUCAUCCACUUUUCCAUACCGCUGUUCGUCGACUGUGGCUUUCCCAGGCAUCUCAUUAUCAUCGGAAACGCACAAACGUUCCUCGUCCUGUGUCUGUUCGUUAACUUUUACGUCAAAAACUAUUCACUCAACGACUCCACGUCGAGCACAAGACUUACACAGGAGCAAAAGCACAACAAGGCCGCCGUAGAUGGGAAAGCUGAGUAGAUUUAACAGCGCAGAGCGAUUUAGCAAGGAUUCUAUAUGGCACGGUGCGCGUAAUCGCAAACUGUUUUAUUAUAUAUAUACUUUGGCUGCUGUACAAUCAUCAUCAUCGUCUGUCUAUUGUGUGCGAUGGGAGAAGUGGCAGUCUUGAGCUGCACUCCUAAUAAUGUGGUACACAGCUGUGUUGUAUCGGGAGCUAUAAACAGGCGAAAACUGCAAGAAAUGCGCUUUUGAUAGCUCUUGUAAAGCCUAUACUGUGUUCUCUUUAUAUAUAUAUAUAUAUAUAUAUAUAUAUAUAUAUAUAUAAUACUACACUCAAUGUAGCCGCAUGAGUGGAAGACAAAGGAGUGUCAGCAGAGAAGACGAGAAAGAGAACGUUUUUGGCCGUCUGAGGCUCGCCCUGAAGCCUGUUCAAUAAACCCCGUUUUUCUCGCGUCAUAACAAUAUAUAUGAAGCCUACAUGAGUGGAUGAUUGCUUUUACAGUUCAAAUAAGUAGCCCUGAAUACAAGAACUCUCGUACCAAGAAUUUGUACGGAUCUUUCGAUCUGAGCCAUCCCGGCGUCGACGUCCUGUUGGAGCUAGCAGCCUUUUACAAUUCUUUAUCGUCAUCGUGUACUGUUGAGAUAGGAAUAAAUAUAAACAUACCUUACAUUUUCCAAUGCCGAAGGACUCUACCAACCUGUUGGUAUGUAUAAGGAAACUAAAAAAAAAGCAGUCAUGACUCUUCUACACAUUACUUCUCGCAACGUAACAUACAGGUGAGUCCAACCAAGAACUGGUAUCGCUUGCGUUCAUACCUUAUCUGAUCUGAUUAGCAGACAAGGGACUGUACACCGCAUGUGUGGAAAGCGUUCACUCAGCUCCAGAUAUCUAUAAUCCAUAUUGCUGUUUUCAGCAAGUUGAAUGGAUGAUUAGAAAUAAGCAUAGCGCACUAAAGAGACGCUGACGCGGACGGUUGUGUAUUAUUCUUCAAUUUACUAGGACUAAACAAGUACUAAUUCUUCAUCACUUAUGCAACUUUCUCAAGACAUACGAGCCUGUGAUGGCUGAGCAGAGAUAAACCGGGUAGCAUUAGACGAGAAAUGCUUGACGAUGUCUUACACAAUCGCCUACUUUAUAAUAAAAGGCUUUCAGCUAAAGAACUUAUGAGAAAACAAGCUUGUUAUUUCGGUUCACGCCGACGUAUGUGUGCGAGUGAAUGUACAAGUGUGCCAGAAAAUGUUUUGUUCUCCUUGAGAAAAGAUCUCUACGUUAACUGGAAUGCAGAGAAAUAUAUCUGUAGAACACUCAGCUGCUGUUUGUGUGACGCUGUACAUUCUGUAUAAACGACAAGAGAAUA